CGGGACUACGUUUCCCAAGACACCCUGCUCCCGUGCUGCGCCGUGGCUGCGGUGCCCCCCCGCCCUUCCAGCAACGCCGGCAGCUGGCUCGCUCCGGUCCCCCAGAGUGGAACCCUGCAGGCCCCGCACCUGGCGAUGGAAACGGCGCUCCCCGCUGUUGGCAAGGAAGGAAACCACCACAAAAUAACCAAGUUCACCUGAGGUGUCUGUGAAGGCAGGAAGAUGCUGUGGAAAGCGCUGCUGAGGAUGGAGCUGGGGGGGACGGGGAACCGGGCCCCCUCCAUGCACUGGCUCCUGUCCCCCGCCCUCCGGUACCGGUCCACUUCUGUCAUGGAUAACCACCAAGUGGAGCUGGCCCGAGAGCGAUCCAAGACAGUCACCUCCUUCUACAACCAAUCAGCCAUUGACGUCGCAGCGGAGAAGCCGUCCGUGAGAUUGACGCCCACCACCAUGCUGUAUUCGGGACGGUCGCAGGAUGGCAGCCACCUCCUGAAAAGUGCCCAUUACCUUCACCGCGAGCUGCCCGUCCGCAUCGCCCAUCGCAUCAAGGGCUUCCGCAGCCUCCCCUUCAUCAUCGGAUGCAACCCCACCAUCCUCCAUGUGCAUGAGCUGUACAUCCGAGCCUUCCAGAUGCUGAGCGAAUUCCCCCCGAUCAAGAACCAAGAGGCAGAAUCCCAGUACUGCAAACUAGUCCGGCAGCUGCUGGAUGACCACAAGGACGUGGUGACGCUGCUGGCUGAGGGGCUGCGGGAGUGUCGCAAACACAUCCAGGACGAGAAGGUCAUCCGCUAUUUCCUAGACAAGACGCUUACCUCCCGGCUGGGGAUUCGGAUGCUGGCGAUCCAUCACCUGGCGCUGCACGAGGAAAAGACGGACUUCGUGGGAAUCAUCUGCACCCGUCUCUCCCCAAAGAAAAUCAUUGAGAAAUGGGUGGAUUUUGCUAGGCGUCUGUGUGAGCACAAGUACGGGAAUGCCCCCCGGGUGCGGAUCAAUGGGCAUGUGGCUGCUCGCUUCCCCUUCAUCCCCAUGCCCCUCGACUACAUCCUGCCAGAGCUGCUCAAGAACGCCAUGAGAGCCACCAUGGAAUCUCACCUGGACACUCCGUACAACGUGCCCGACAUUGUCAUCACCAUCGCCAACAACGACAUCGACCUGAUCAUCAGGAUUUCGGACCGGGGUGGCGGGAUCCCCCACGAGCACCUAGAGAAGGUGACGGAUUAUCACUUCACCACGGCGGAGUCCAGCGCCCAAGACCCGCGCAUGAACACCCUCUUCGGGAACAUGGUGGAUAUGGUCAACAGCGGCCAGUCAGGCCCGAUGCACGGGUUCGGCUUCGGGCUGCCGACCUCCCGGGCCUACGCCGAGUACCUGGGGGGCUCGCUGCAUAUCCAGUCCCUGCAGGGCAUCGGCACCGACGUGUAUCUCCGUCUGAAACACAUUGACGGCAAGGAGGAGAGUUUCCGCAUCUAGAGACUUCCCCCCUCUCGCUGGCCCGCGGCCCCCUCUGGCUCCGCAUGGACAUCGGCUUUGCUUCCCGUGACUCUGUGCUUGGAUAUCUACGGACCCGAUCCCAAGGCCCCGGACUCCUGGGUUCCCAGGGUCUCCGCAAGGAGGCAGGACUUGGUGCUUACGGACAGGACGUCGCCUCCUGCUGGUUAUUCCAAUCCCGCCCCUGGGAGCACCCUAAUGGAUUCUUUAUUCCAGGGGAGCGGGGCAUGGGUCGGCCCCAAUCCCAAACAGGUUUUGAAGGCAACGGACGCUUCCUGGCGCACGUACCUCCAUUGGUAGCUCCACACUGCCAGCACCUUGCACACUCGUUUUCUCACCCUUGUUUCAUUCCCUUCUUCUGAAGAAACAGAGUUCAAUCCUUGAGGGGGCCAUUUAGGGAUCUGGGGCAAAAAUCUGUCUGGGGAUUAGUCCUGCUUUGGGCAGGGGGUUGGACUAGAUGACCUCCUGAGGUCCCUUCCAACCCUGAGAUUCUAUGAUUCUAAACCAAAUCAAAGGAUGGCAUUGGAGUGGGGGGAAGACUUUUAUUGCUGUGCAUGGCUCCAGACUCGCUCCCCCACCUUUCUCUCCAGCCCCACCCCUUCACACUUUGGACAGGGGAAGAUUUUUAUAGUUGCGCCUGGAUGCUGGAUUCCCCUCCCACCCACUGCACAUGGCUGAUGCCAAUUCGAGCCCUGUAUUUUGUUUUCCUGCUUUCUUGUUUGUUGUGGGGGGUGGGGCAGGAUGUGGAUUUGACUCCCCUCCUCGGGAGUGGCCGGGGGAACCAGACCCGUGACGUGUAUCUCGCUGUGAUUCCGAUUAAAAGUGCCGAUUCUGAAAG